UUGCUCUGUGUUUAAGCAUCGCGACAACCUCGUACAUUAGUAUCAUAGCGACAUUUUGCAAAUUGCCGCAAUUUAUCAAAAGCACCACCACCUCCGUUCUAUUUCGGCUUUGCAUAGUUAACCAGGUGAGUGUGAAUUUGAAUGGUCUCACGGUCCGAUGUACAUAUGCACAUGUGUCCUCUUGGCUUUCCUCAUGUUGGCGUUUUAAAGGACCUCACUGUUUCGAACAAGUUUUGUGCUUCAGAAGGAUAAUACUCCGUUUCUCUCAGGGAAUUGUUGUGCCAUCCGAAUAAAUAUUGCGUCCGAGGAUUUAGUGCUGUAGUUUCUGGAGUGCCGUUUGUCAACUCCUAGAUUUGGCCCAAGAUAUUCAAGUCCAAAAUGUGGAGAGUGAUCGGCCAAAGAAGGUGGUUUUCUUGGAAAAUCCAAAGGUUACCACGGUUACAACGUCAACUAACGACAAUCCUAUUAAUUUCCUUUGUGUUCCUGGAGGCAUGUAUCCCUAAAGUCAUAGCUCAAAAUACACCAUCCUCGAGUUCCAGUAAUGGGAGGCCCCCUCAGGAGUUCGCCAUUGAGCCCGCAGAUCGAACAGCAAUCGUAGGCAAGGCAGCAGUCCUGCCGUGCCGAGUCCUCAACAAAGUCGGCACAUUGCAGUGGACUCGAGAUGCUUUCGGGCUCGGGUCGGACCGAGAGUUGAAGGGCUUUCCCAGGUACACCAUGAUCGGCAGCGACGACGAAGGGGACUUUUCUCUUCAAAUAUCCAGGGUGACUUUAGAAGAUGAUGCUUUAUUUCAAUGCCAAGUAGGAGCUGCUGACGGGGUCAAGGGUAUUCGAUCCCGAAACGCUGCCUUCACAGUAUACGUUCCACCAGAGCCACCGAAAAUAGUACAAGGCGACUUUCUCCGAACGACUGCUGGCAUGACAGUAGAGCUGACAUGCGAAUCACACGCAGGAAAACCACCAGCAGAGCUGACAUGGUUAGAUGGUGAGGGUAAUGUUGUGUCUGAUGGCAUCGAGUACACGACGCAACUUCUUGGAGACGGAAAAAGAGCGAAUGCCGCCCUUAAAUGGACCCUCACACCUCGAAGAGAGCACGAUGGCAAAACUUUCACGUGUCGAUCUGAAAAUCCAGCUCUCACUCAACCCCUUCACGCGAGAAUCAGUCUUGAAGUAAAAUAUCCUCCAGAAAUUACGCUGAAAGUGAGUGCAGACAAGAUUAUGGAACUCGAUAAUGUGAAGUUUACCUGCGAAGCUGUAGCCAAUCCAGCUGAUGUCAACAUCAAAUGGUAUAGAAACGAUGAAGUGAUCCCAGGGGACCACAGCACGACCUACGUCAUCUCACGGGUCACACGUGAUUAUAACAAGGACACCAUCAGCUGCGAAGUGAGCAACGCCGUGGGAACCACCAAGUCUACUCACACCCUCAACGUUCUGUAUGGUCCGGUAUUUCGAUCUACAAUCGAAAACGUGGCCGCUGACAUUGGAUCUGAGGUUUCAUUGUCCUGUGAUGUUGAAGGUAAUCCUCAGCCUGAAACAAUGUGGACUUUCGAAGGCUCCGACGCUGUACUUAGUACAGAAUCUCGACUGGUGAUUCCGCAACUAACCAUUGACAGAGCUGGCAAAUACACUUGCCGAGCAACAGUAGCUGGUUUCGCCGAAAUAUCGACGGAUGUCUUGGUCUUCAUCAAAGGGCCUCCAAGAGUGCGAAGCCCGCCAGUGCAGUAUGGAGUGGAAGGCGAAGUAGUCAAAUUAGAAUGUAUCAUAUCUUCUGUGCCUCCCCCUACAAGGAUACUAUGGUCAAGAAAUUCACAGCACGUGGAUAUUGACAAUAACGAUGGGUACGAGAUUGUAACGGAACCGAUGGCUGAUGGUGUCAAGAAUAAUCUCAUAAUUCAUAACGCGGAUGAAGACGAUUUUGGUCAAUACAACUGUACAGUCUGGAAUACUUUUGGCCAGGAUAGUAUGAUCAUACUCCUUAAAAAACAAAAGAGUCUCCCCAUGUUAAUAAUCCUGGCGGGAGUCAUAGGUGGCAUAGUAUUCAUAGUAUCCGUCACAAUAGUUAUUAUACUGUGUCUAAGGCGGAAGUCCGUUAUAAAAGAUGAGGAGUACGGGUCGGAGAAAAAAACCAAACAGUCGGACUCCGCGUCGUCCGGUGACUCGGACUUAAAAGUCGAAAUCCGGACCGCUUCAUCCCUGUCCAACAAUGAACACGAGAGAAGCUGGGAAGAGAAUAGCGACCGGGCCCAGGACCACCAUUACAAAUAUCCCAACGACUACUCAGCUCCGGAAAGCCAAGUUAACAACGGCUAUAUCCAGUAUGUGGAUUACGCUCGUGAUUACACCCCUACAGCCGUCCCACCCGCCGGUGGCGUCCGAGACAGCAGCAUCUACGGUAGUCCACCCCAGUUGCUGAGCGAUCUCUCACACACGCUGGAUUCCCACUACAGGGCGGGGUAUGCCAACCCUUACCAGCGGACUUCAACGUCUAACAUGGCACCCCCUCCUCAAGGGGGCGUCUUCGUCACAUCUUCUUGGGGCAGUCACACCCCAAGCCCGACGUCGCCGGCAGCUGCGGCGCAGCAACCGAGUUCGCAGCAGCCGAACCCGGGGCAGACCCGGUACAUCACCGCCCAGCAAGCUCUCAAGCCGGGGACGCUGGCAACGCAUGUCUGACGCUAGGUUCCGUCGCAGACCGAAAACGACUUUGGGAUGAUCUCGGCAAUUUUCAGUUCUUUUUUCUUGUCAGGUGUUUUUCCCUAUGACUCGAAAGAGAAAAGAAAAACCAACGUCGUGAUACCUUGUCCUCGUAUAUUGCCGCUUCCGAUUACUGGUUGGUUCGUCUCGGGCUUCCAGUCUCACCGAUUCGACGGAACACUAUCAUCUCCUCCAAACAGACGGCGGAUGCCAGGAUUCACUGCGACCUCCAAGACGUACGUCCCAAGCAAAAGAACAACUGUGUUUUUAUCGUAUUGUUUUGUUUGUUUUUGCAUGUAUUAGAAACGAGGAGCUUGUGUGUUGUCCGGAAACACUGAAUGAAAACUGCCUUGUGUACAUCAAAAGAUAUAAAAAAAUAAGUUCUGUACAAACACCCUCAGAAAUUAGACUCAUUCCUUCUCGGAUGCCGCUGAAUUAAAAGCUGUUAUGUAUUUAACUAUGCAAAUUCCUUUUAUGACUGUUGGACGUUUCUAUUGACUUUCUUGGACCUACCUGGGAGUAUUAUUUCUCCCACACAAAAUAUCAGGACUUGCAUUAUCAAGAAGGAUUCUGAUUCUUCUACAAGUUUCGUCACGAGAAACGUUUCGAAGAGUUGGUUUCGCAAGCUUUAUCCGGUUAUUUAAAAAAAUGUGCCACCUGUUGAUUCUGAAUCCAGACUUGUUUUCGUGAAUUUGUGCCACUUCAAUUCGAACUCUGAUGUUGUUAUUUUAUUUUUCAAGCCACUUUUCCCCGAAUGUUGUUUGUGGGGAAAUAAUUUCGAGAUUUGUGGACAUAAGAAGAAAUACGUGUAUAAAAUAUAAAAAUUAAUAAAAAAAAUCGAAAGGUGCUUCUUACUAUUUCUGCUGCCUGAUGUAGAAAAAUCCUUCCCACUCUGCAUGAUCUUUUACGUAUCAAUCAUUCUCUCAUCGUCAUUUUCAUCAUUUGGUAUAAGACUCUAAUAAAAAUAAAAGAAAAACCAGAAUGACGUUAUGGAUUUCUAUUCGUGUCUUUAUAUCCUUCCUAAAAACUGUUGUUGAAUUCUUCCCUUUCCCAGUCGAAGGGGAGGAACUAUCAAGCAUUCGGCUUGUAUCGUUCCCCCAAAGCUCAGUAUUCAAUAACUUCCCCAAAGAAAGAACGCGCAUUUACUUCUGGCGUUUAUUUUUAAGAUACCGUUUGUUACAACGGUGUCUUUUCCGUCUUCUGCUCACAAUUUUUGGCUGUGAUUGCAAGUGAAAGAUAUCGAGGAUAAUUGAUCCAGCCCUAUUUUCGUCUUCUUACCUCGAGCAUAUUUCGUACAUCCCUUUAUGUCAUUCAAACAAAUUCAUCACUUAACUUAAUUGUAUGGGUUGCAACUAUGUCGUGUAAUAUUCUCUUUAUCUAUGUUCAUUUAUACAUUGUUAUGUUGCGUGGAACUGUAACGAUGUUCGCGUCGUACGUUGAAGCUACUUCGAACUGACAUGGCAUAUUUUUGUCCUGCCAUGCUGUGAAAAAAUAAACUUCCAAGUUCUUUGCAACUAGUUUUUGUGCCAAUAUCACAUUUGUUUAAUUAAAAGCAUUAUGUAAUUUGGUGUGACUUUAUGCUUUUCCCCAUGACAUUUUUUUAACAUCUUAUUUAUAGCUUUGCCAUCAAGUUGUGUUCGAAUGCCAUAUCGUAGACUGAGAAGUUGCUUCAUCGUAUACUAUCCAAAGAUUUUUUUGUCCCCAUUUGAUUUGAAAGGCAAUCUUAGUCGAAAGUUUAGUAAAAUGCAUCGUCCCUUUUAUUCCUUCUGAUCGAGCCCUCCAUACCUCGGUGGAGCUUUCUGUCCAUAUCUAUUUCCCCCUUAAUCUAGAUAGUGCCAGUUGCCUUGUAAAUAUGUGUAUAAGAAGACAAAAUGUGUAUGACGCCGUUAUUGUUAGUAUUUAUGACGGUGAAAUCCAGACAUAAACUGACAUUGCCAUCAUAUAUUUUUCACUGUGAAUGAUGUAAGCAAUAAAGUUUCCUGAAUUAAAUGUUUUUGUUAUAAA